GUGAUAAACCUCACAUGCGACCGGUCCAUUUGGAAAUCAUCCUUUAGGUCCAGAAGGUGACGAUAGGAGCUGCUCCUUCUGUCCGGCUGCUGUGAUUAUCACAACCCCGCCGGGAUGGGAGCUGCUUCGUAAAAAUGAGCACAGCGAAAUUAUAAAGACGACGACGACGACGACGACCAAUUUUCUCAUCAUGGCGCGCUCGCCUACUCGUGACUCCAAUUCCGCCUCGUCGUAUUCAUCAUCGGGCUCCUUGUCGCUCUCGUUCCCCCUCGGCUCGUCGUCGCGGCGAGGCUCAAUUGAUUCUUAUUGCGCUCACAGCCCCACGUCAUCGUCGUCGCACCACCACCACCACCACCACCACCACCACCACUCGCAGUCGACGGCCACCAGCUCGACCCGCUCCUGCUGCUCCUCAUCCCACGACGACGACGACGACGACGCCGACGCCGACGACGACACCAUCGCCACAGCCAUGUCGUCGUCCAUUGAGGCGCAAGAGGACGCCUACUUCUCCUCGAACCCGCCGCCGCGGCACCUGGAGGAGCACACAGCGCGCGCCAAGGCCUUCAUCGACCUGCACGCCGCCGCGGGCCGGCGCGUCGUGCUCGUCACCUCGGGCGGCACGACGGUCCCGCUGGAGAAGCAGACGGUGCGCUUCAUCGACAACUUCAGCGCCGGCACGCGCGGGGCCACGAGCGCCGAGAAGUUCCUCGAGGCGGGCUACGCCGUCAUCUUCCUCCACCGCGAGUUCAGCCUGCUGCCGUACUCGCGGCACUUUUCGCACUCCAAGGACUGCUUCCUCGACUUCUUGCGCGAGGACGCCGACGGCCGCGUGGGCGUGCGCCCCGGCGACGACGGCAAGGUGCGCGGCGUGCUGCGCAAGUACCGCCGCGCCAAGGACGAGGACAUGCUCCUCAUGCUGCCCUUUUUGACCAUUGGCGACUACCUGCACGAGCUGCGCGCCGUCUCGAGGCUCAUGGGCCCGCUCGGGCCCUCGGGCCUGCUGUAUCUCGCGGCCGCCGUGUCCGACUUUUUUGUGCCCGCGGACCGCAUGUCCGAGCACAAGAUUCAGUCGACCGAUGCUGUCAAGAGCUUUAAAGGCACGGCCAGCCAAAAUACGCCAUCGUCCCAGCAGCAGCAGCAGCAGCAGCAAAUUCAACCAUCUGAGCCGCAAGAAGAAGAGGAGGAGGAAGAGGCGUUCGACAACUUUGACGCCUCCCCUCGCGUCCCGCGUUCAAAACGCCUCGUCAUCGACCUCGACCCCGUGCCCAAGUUUCUCAAGAGCCUCGUCGACGGAUGGGCGCCGCAAGGCAUGAUCAUCUCGUACAAGCUUGAGACCGACCCGGCCAUCCUCGUGCACAAGGCGCGCUACUCGCUGGACCGGUACCAGCACCACCUCGUCAUCGGCAACCUGCUCUCGACGCGCAAGUGGGAGGUCGUCUUCGUCAGCCCCGGCCGCGAGGACCGCUGGAUCCGCGCCCCGCCGCCGGCGUCGUUUGGGGCCGGGGGCUGGGGAGACGCCGAGGGUAGGCCACUCAGGGCCGACGAGCUGCCGCGCGAGGACCCGGACGUCGAGGUGGAGGAGCUCAUCAUCCCGGCGGUGGCAGAGUUGCACGACGCACACAUCAAGGCAGCGAAUAAGAAGGUAUGAACAGAGCCCAUCAUAUCCUGUAAAGCCUGACCAGAGGGUUUCGGGCCCAGGCAUUUACUGCGUAGCGGAAUCCCAUAUGUGCCCUACGUCGACAGAGCAAACCUGUCUGCCGCCUGCACAAAUAGAGCAGCGUAGCAGUUUCCAGCUGUUUGACAUUAAGAAGCCGCUGCAUAUUGUAACAACAAAGCGCUUUCAAUUUUAUAUUCAGAUGUAUCUAAAAGAGAAAAAGACA